CCCCAACCGCCGAGGAGACUCAAUGGUACACCACGGGAAACGGCUCUCCAACGGGCGGGACUCGGGAGACACUUCGACCCCAAGUCCUGUCAACUCAACCAGACAUGAUUUACCGCUGUCAUAACAACUGGACGGACUUUAUCUCUGACAGCUGAAGCUACGAGCUGUUUUAAAACGCUCCUUGAUCCUCAGCAGCAGCAAUUGAAAAAAAUACAAUGGCAGAAGUACCAGGGAGCACGUGACCCCGGAGAUGUUCAAGUAUCGUUGGAGCCUGAGGAGGAAGAAGUCCACCUGCGUGCCAGAGGCCAGCAGACCACAUCAGUGGCAGGCAGACGAGGAGGCUGUACGAAAGGGCGAAUGCAACUUCCCUGUUCAGUACCUGGGGUUCGUCGAGGUGGAGGAGUCGAGAGGGAUGCACGUAUGCGAGGAGGCAGUGAAGAAGCUAAAAGUUAGUGGGAAAAAGACAGUUAAGGCAGUAUUGUGGGUUUCAGCUAAUGGACUCAGGGUGGUGGAUGACAAAACUAAGGACCUCAUUGUGGACCAGACCAUAGAGAAAGUUUCAUUCUGCUCUCCUGAUCGUAACGAUGACAAGGCCUUCUGCUACAUCUGCCGAGACGGUCUUACCAGACGGUGGAUGUGCCACUGCUUCAUGGCUCUCAAAGACUCGGGGGAGAGACUAAGCCAUGCAGUUGGCUGUGCCUUCGCCGCCUGUCUGGAGAGGAAGCAGCGCAGGGAGAAGGAGUGUGACGUGACGGCUUCUUCUGACGCCAGUCGCACCUCGUUUGUGGAUAAGGGCUCCUUCUGGUCCAACCCCUCUUGUCAGCAGAGCAGCAGCAGCGAGAGAGAUGACAAGCUGCAGGGCAAGAAGAAAGCUGGGAAACCUUCAGCGGGAGCAACCGGUGUAGAUACCAUGGCAGAAGGUGGGUGCAGAGAGAAACAGCGGCCUUCACUGAUCCAGAGGGUGGAAACAAUGACGUCUGUCAUAAAGCAGCUUUUGGAAACACUGGCUGGUUUGAGUGUCAGGGAGCUUGAGAAGUUCAAGACGGUCCUGAGUCAAAAUCACCUCUACGGACUCUUCUAUUGGAGGCAGCUGAGGACAGACGUGCAGGUCACAGUGUUUUUAAUGGUGCAGAUUGAUGGUCAACAGUCUGUGGAGACGACCAAGGAGGUUUUGGAGAAGAUGAAGAGGACUGAUCUGGUGCAGAUUUUGUCAGACAGCAGCUCAGGACCCAAAAAAAAACACUCUGUGGAUGAACACCUGUCUGCACUGAUCCACAAAGUGGCAACAAUGAGGGCUGUUAAGGAGCUGCUUUUGGAAACACUCAGUGAUUUGAGUCAUGAGGAGCUCAAGAAAUUCAAGUGUUUGCUGCAGUUCACGCUCUUCCAGAGGAGCCUUAAACUCAUCUCAUGGAGAGAACUGAGCCUUGCACACAUCCCAGGGAUCCGACAGCAGGAGACUUACAGUACAGACCAACUGGUUGAUGUGAUGUUGGAGAGAUGCGGUCAACAGUCUGUGGAGGUGACCAAGGAGGUUUUGAUGGACAUGAACAGGACUGAUCUGGUGCAGAGGCUAUCAGAGACCAGCUCAGGACACAAAGUUGUCAUUAAAUGUGUUGCAGCUGCAGGAUCAUCAGCUGAAGCUUUUGGUGUGAGAACCACAGAGGGAGAGAAACACUGUGUGGAUGAACAUUGGCCUGCAUUGAUCCAGAAGCAGGUGGAGAUGAUGACGUCUCUCAUAGAGCUGCUUUUGGAAACACUGGCUGGUUUGAGUGACUGGGAGCUCAGGAAGUUCAAAAUGUUCCUCCUGAGUCAGACUGACCUCUACAGACGCCUCUCAGGCAUGACACCGAUACUGCGGGAGUUAGAAGACUGGCAGGCCACAGUGUUUUUAAUGGUGCUGACCUAUGGCCAACAGUCUGUGGAGACGACACAGGAGGUUUUAAAGAAGAUGAAGAGGACUGAUCUGGUGCAGAGGUUGUCAGACAGCAGCAAAGGACCCAAAAAGCAACACUCAGAUGAACACCGACCUGCACUGAUCCAGAAAGUAGCAACAAUGGCAGCUGUUAAACAGCUGCUUUUGGAAACUCUGAAUGAUUUGAGUGACAAGGAGCUCAAGAAAUUUAAGUGGUCCCUGGAGUGGAUUGUCUCCCAGAAGAACCUUCCAGACAUCUCACCAGAGGUGAAUGACACCACAGACAGAGCACAAAUAGUGGAUGUGAUGUUGCAGACCUACAGCCAACAGUCUGUGCAGUUAACCAGGGAGGUUGUAAAGAAAAUGAACAGGACUGAUCUGAUGCAGAGGUUGUCAAAGCCCAGCUCAGAACUCAAAGAGGAACACUCAGUGGAUGAACAUCAACCUGCAGUGUUGGAGAGAGCAGCUGUGAAACAGAUUCUUUUGGAAACACUGAAGGAUUUGAGUUAUGAGGAGCUCGAGAAAAUCAAGUGGUUGCUGCGGUUCACGCAGUUCCAGAAGGGCCUUCCACACAUCUCAUUGAGCCGACUACAGUGGGCAGACAGUGCAGACACACUGGUGGAUCUGAUGGUCCAGACUUGUGGCCAGCAGUCUGUGGAGGUGACCAAGGAGGUUUUCAUGGACAUGAACAGAACUGAUCUGGUCAACAAGUUGUCAGUCAUCAGCUCAAGAAUCAAAGAGAAACAUCCAUCUGAACUGCUCCAGAAGGAAGUCACCAUGACACCACUAAUGGAGAAGCUUUUGGAAACACUGGAAGAUUUAAGUCAGAGGGAGUUCUGGGACUUUAAGCAUGUCCUACUGGACACUAGAAUAAAGAAAGGCCUCCCUGAAAUCUCCACACAGAGAAUGUGGAUGGCAAACAGAGUUGAAAUAGUGGAGCUGAUGGUGGAGAUUGACGGCCAGCAGUCUGUGGAGGUGACAAGAGAGGUUUUAAUGGAGGUGGAGAGGUACAGGAGGGAGAGGGACUUUUUUCCCCCCUUCAACUACGAACUCAAAGGGAAACGUCUAGCUGAACCGCUCCAGAAAGAAGUCACCAAGACACCACUAAUGGAGAAGCUUUUAGAAACACUGGAAGAUUUAAGUCCCGGGGAGCUCGAGAAAUUCAAGCAUGUCUUGCAGUACACUAAAAUGGAGAAAGAUCUCCCAAAAAUCCCAGGACACCAAAUGGAGACAGCAGACAGAGUUGAAAUAGUGGAGCUGAUGGUGAAGAUCUACGGCCAACAGUCUGUGAAGGUGACCUGCAAAGUUUUGAGGAAGAUGAACAGGACUGAUCUGGCAGAGAGGCUGUCAGGAACCAGCUCAGGACUCAAAGAGAAACAUCAAUCUAAACCGCUCCAGAAGGUGGUGACCAGGACAUCACUUAUGGAGAAGCUUUUGGAAACACUCAAAGAUUUAAGUUAUGGGGAGCUCGAGCAAUUCAAGCAUGUCCUACAUCACACUAGAAUGAAGAAAGACCUCCCAAAAAUCUCAAGUCAAAGAAUGGAGAUGGCAGACAGAGAUGAAAUAGUGAAACUGAUGGUGGAGAUCUAUGGCGAGCAGUCUGUGGAGGUGACCAGGGUGGUUUUAAUGGAGAUGAACAUGACUGAUCUGACAGAGAGGUUGCCAGAAAUCAGCUCGGGAUCCAAAGGGCCUUCAGGAAGCUCGGAGCUUGAGGGUUGUGGAAGUGUUACGCAGGACUCCAGUGACUGGACUAAACUUGACCCUGAAGUGAACUGUACAGAUGCUGAUGAGGCUCCAACUUACAGCCUACAGUCUGGAGCAGGAAACUUUGAAUGCAGUGUCUCUGGCUUGCGCUGGGUCUGUGAGGAAAAGGUCAGCUUUAAGUACCAGUUUUGCUCUUUGAGUGGACACUUGGAGAGGAUAGAAAGCAUGGAGUACAUGCCUGCAGGUCCCCUGAUGGACAUCACAGUCAUUGCUGGGAAGUUAGAUGUAGUGUACCUGCCACACUGGAUCGCCAUAGAUGACAAUCCUACAAUAUUAGACAAGUUUGCAGUCCUACACAUAGAUGACUGUGGAGAUGCUGUGGAAAAAGUGUCUGAGGUCACAUCGUCCCAUGUCAAGCUGUCUAAACCAGUUUUCUCUCUGAAAAUGGUCCUGGUGAAAUUAGGCCUUCCAGUGGAAAUAAACUGUAAGGUGUUGAUAUACAAGACCGACACACCAUUCCUCACGCUCCAUGUUUAUCUGAUCCCACCUGAUCCUGCUCUGAAACAGGAAUUGGAGAAUAUUGAUGGAUACAAAAGAAUCCGAAAGCCACAUCCAGUGAGGCCCCUGAAAAUGCAUGACUGGUUCACCCUGACAGCAGAUUUGGAUGGUGCAAAAAUUUGCCCUGAAACAUUAAUGCUCAUAUAUGAAAGCACAGAACCAAAUUUCUUCGAAGUGUUCAUUAAAAAUCCAGACACAGACUUUGUGCUCGAGCUCCAACAAAAAAAUGAGCUUCAACCGUUGUGGACCCGUAAGAUUAAAAAAGAUGAAUACCAAAGCACUGGUCAUAAACAAGAGAAACGCUCAGUGGACAAACACCAGGAAGCAGCAGAUGGAAAGGCGCUUUUCAAAAUGCUCAAAGAGUUGACAGACAAAGAGUUCAAAGAAUUCAAGUGGUACCUCCUUCGCAUCUCGAAGAGCCAACGGCAGAACACUGACAGGGUAGACCUGGUUGAUCUGAUGCUGCAGACCUACACCCAAGAGUCUGUGGAGGUGGCCAAAGAUAUUUUAAAGGAAAUUGGCAGAAAUGAUCUGGUGCAGCUGUUGUCAGACACCAGCUUAGGGUCAGAAGCUGCAGGAUCAUCAGCUUGAGCAUCUGGUGUGAACACCACAGAGGGAGAGAAACUCUGUGGAUGAACAUCUGUCUGCACUGAUCCAGAAAGUGAGCAGAGACACAUCUGUCUGACUCUACACAACAUUUAAUACAUGCUGGCUGGAAUUCAUCCUCACCUUGAACUGAUAAAUUAUGACACAAACCAAAAUUGGCAUCAUGAUAAACCUGUCGCAGAAGUGAGGCUGUAUUAAUCUCUGCAGCAACAGUGAUUUCUUCAGUAGUGUAAGGAUAUUAUGAUCUCUAGAAUCGAGGAGCACAAGAGGAAACAUGAGUUUUUUAUUCUUUUCAGUCAAACUGAUUUUUCCAAAGUUUUUAACAGAAAAGUGUAAAAUGAUUGUAAAUAUUUUUAAGGAUGAAAAUCUUAAAAUCACAUUUGUAUGUAUUUUUGUAUUUACUGUAUAUAUUUUCUCAAAUCAUUUUUAUGUCUUAAAGCACUUGCAAUUGCAAUUUAGAAAUAGUGACACUGUAACGAUAAAUAUGUAUUAAAAACAUAAAACAG